CUGCGACUUGCCUAGAGCGGAGCGGUGCGGUGCGGUGGCGGGCGUUGCAAGGUAGAAUUGUUGCUGUUGACUUUUUGCUGCCUUGCAGAAUUUGGAGGGACCCUUAAUUGUGUGCAGGUGUUGUGUUUUGAAAGGCUUUCUGGAGCUAUUGCUGAUCUGGGAUUUGAACCAUGUUUUGGAAUGGAGAGUUUCGGAGAUGGACCUUAGUGCUGCAGCUGUACCUCCUGCUUCUCACUUCUUGGGCACGGGCUGGCACAGAAGCCUCAACUCAACCCCCCAUUACAGCAGCCUCCUUUCUGCAGGAUCUUUUCCUUCGCUAUGGUGAAGAUGACAGGCUCACUCUGCAGCAGCUGAAAUCUCUGUUGAAACGCCUGGAUGUGGGAGUUGAGCGGCACAAUAUCAGUCACAGGCAGCAGUCACAGCACAGGAACCUCUCCUGGUGUUUUAGUUCUUCAGAACUCUUUGCCACACACAAUCUGAGCAAAUGGUCCCAUGUUGGUUGGAGUCAGUUCCAAGAAUUCUGCCCAACUAUCUUGCAGCAGUUGGAGUCAAGGGCAUGCACGUCGGAGGAUCUGGGGAAUGAGGAAGAUGAAUGGAUGAAGGAGGGGAAACCAAGCUCUGCGGAAGUGUGGGGUUUUGGUUUUCUCAGUGUUACACUGAUUAACCUUGCCUCCCUCCUUGGAGUCUUCAUCGUGCCCUGCACUGAGAAGGUCUUUUUCACCCGAAUCCUAACUUAUUUCAUCGCGCUCUCCAUCGGGACGCUGUUCUCUAACGCUCUGUUCCAGCUGAUCCCAGAGGCCUUUGGGUUCAAUCCACAGAAGGAUGACUAUGUCUCCAAAUCUGCUGUUGUCUUUGGGGGAUUUUAUCUGUUUUUUUUCAUGGAGAAAAUACUGAAGAUGCUCCUCAAACAAAAGGACAAGCACCUUCACGGGCACAGCCAUUAUAGCAGUGAGUCCCUUCCUUCCAAGAAGGACCAGGAGGAAGGUGUCACUGAAAAACUGCAGAAUGGAGACCUGGAUCACAUGAUCCCUAAUAAAAGCAGUGAUUUGGAAUGCAAGAAUCCCUCUGCUGAUGAGAAGGUUGUUGGCUCCUUAUCUGUUCAGGACCUCCAAGCAUCUCAAAGCACAUGUUAUUGGCUGAAAGGGGUGCGUUAUUCAGACAUUGGCACCCUGGCUUGGAUGAUAACCUUGAGUGAUGGCCUUCACAAUUUCAUUGAUGGGCUGGCCAUUGGCGCCUCCUUCACUGUCUCAGUCUUUCAAGGCAUCAGCACCUCUGUGGCCAUUCUUUGUGAAGAAUUCCCCCAUGAGCUAGGAGACUUCGUCAUUCUGCUGAAUGCUGGGAUGACGAUCCAGCAAGCCCUCUUCUUCAACUUCCUCUCAGCUUGCUGCUGCUACCUGGGCCUAGGCUUUGGGAUAUUGGCUGGUAGCCACUUCUCAGCCAACUGGAUCUUUGCUCUUGCUGGCGGGAUGUUUCUCUACAUUGCAUUGGCCGAUAUGUUCCCAGAGAUGAACGAAGUCAGCCAAGAAGACGAAAGGAGCGGCAGCGCCUUGAUUGCGUUUGCAAUUCAGAACGCCGGACUACUGACGGGGUUCACCAUCAUGGUGCUGCUCACUACGUACUCGGGAGAAAUCCAGCUGGGGUAGAGGCUGGGUCGCUGGAGGUGCAUGGACUGUGCUGAGCGCAGUGUCUCGUCAAGGAUUUCAGGAAGGGGCACAUUCAUUCAGCCUGCUUCUUAGAUUUCUUAUUGGACCGACCUGCACAGGCUGACAGCUUUUCUCUCUAGCACUAAAUGACUGAAGGAUCAUUUCUUAAUCUAACAAUAGCAUUUGUCUUUCUGUCCCUCCCUCCCGCCACCCAACUCUUCUUUUCUCUUCACAAUAUGAUGGAAGCUUUGAAGAAAAGGCUUCUAGUUCCCCGUGGUUUGUUGUUCUCGCUUCCUUCUGGGGCUGGCCAUGAGGAACUCGGCGCAUAUCUCUUUAAGCUCCAGAAAUGCCAGCAGACUGGCUAGCAGGAAGCCUUUUUCCCUCUUCCCCCCAAAUCACUGAGGACAGUAAUAUUUAAAUUUUAGACUCUGCUUCAGUUUUGGGUCAAUGAACUGGUUGGUUUGAGUUAAAAUUUGAGUUCUAAAUUUUAGAAGCUUAGUAGGCUACAGAGUUAGAAAAAACAAUUUAAAAUCACAGCAAAUUAGAGAAUGGGUGGCUCUUGGGGGGAAGCAAAAUUUCUGUGAGAGAGGAGGAGGUGUUUUUUGUGACACAGGCACCAUCUAAACAUGAAAGAACAUGUUAUGUUGAAAACUCACACCAAUUUAGGCAGCAGGUCCUAGUUUGUGUAGGAAUGAAUGUGACAAUUUGACCCAAAAUUCCUUUAAUCACGUGGCAUCAUUAUAUGUAAAUUAUUUAGGACUUUAGGAUUUAAGAAAAGACAAGACCAUCCUGGAAGAAGUUUUAAAGUCCUUUCAGCUCCCUCUUACCCUCUUGUUUUCAAAAGUGUGUCUUUUUCAGCCCUUCCUUUAAUAUCUCCUUUUUAAUUUCCUUCAAAAGAUUCACACACAGGUUGGCCAGAAAGCUGCUACUUUACAAGUUGAUUUUGUGUAGGGUAAAUCUGGCCGGUGUGGAAUCUAUAUCUGGAAAGAAAUGAUAUAUGAAGUCAUUGAAUUGUAUCCUCUGGCUGGAGGUCUUGGGAUUGUCUAUGAAAAUGAAGCCCAAAUUUGGAGAGUUUGCUGGAGAGAUUUAUUGCAGGAUUAAAUUUCCCAGAGUCACUAGGUGAACUGAUGUAUUAUCAUAUUGAUAAGAUCAAGCCUGUCAGCUUAAGUGUGUAGCACAUUAUUCACAUCACACAUUCUCUUUAAACAUUUGUAACUGUUGUGCUCUUAUCAGCAAAAGGAAACUCAGUUCUUUUCCAGUAAGGCUAGGGAAAUACCAUUUUAAGCCAAACUUUGCAGCAUCUGUGUAUCUGAAUACUUCUGUCCUAUAUUAUGGAGAAGGGACUUGGGUGCUGAGGUACCAAAUCCCAAUGACAUUCCUUUACCUAUCCUUUGCAUUUAAAGUGGGAUCCACAAAGAAGUUAUUUUGCAUAAUCACAUUUGAUCUGUUCAGAAGCUUGCCAAUAUCUGUCUCUUCCUUCUCACUCAUGGAUUGUAUGAAAACCCUAUGGUUGUAUCAGCCUUGGGUCCACAUCUGCCUAAUGUGAAUUAGUUUGCUUUCUUUUCAAUACAGUAUAACUGAAAAUGAUGUAAUACUUCAGGAUGAUCCAUGUAACUUGACAUUGGCAGUUACGAUUGAAUUAACUGUGUAAGUAUGGUAGUUCUAACCUAUCUUGUUCUUAUUGGUUCAAGAUAAGGACCAAGUGGAGAACUGCCCUGGGGAGUCUAACCUAUGUCUCCUAAGCCUAUUGAAAAUUCAGCUAUGGUGGUGGUGGUCUCAGUCUUGAUGUUGCUUCUUAGGGCCGUGCUUAGAGAUGCCAUGCAUAUAGAGAAUUACGUUUUUUUUAAAAAGAAAAGAUGGAGACCCAUUGAAGCAACAGUGGAGGGCAAAGGCUAAACUUCCUUACUGCAGAUCACCAACACACCCAUACCACUUGCUCACCACCUUGUAAAAACCAUUUAUGCCAUUGCUAAUAACUAGAAGGGUGUUCUGCUUAAUUUUGGCUCUUAAAUGGUUGCUUGCAGUAGCUUGCUCAGAUAAGAAGUAUUAAUCCCUCUGAGAUGCUUGCAGUUCAGCCCCCUAUGGAAUAUCUGUAAUGACAAUAGCAAGUUUUCAGCCUCCAAUUUAAUGCAACUGGUUUUUCAAAAUGCAGUGCAUUCAAUUGGCCUUGCAGGCCUUUGUCAAAUACAACCUCACGAUGAAAUCUGUUCAGCUUUUUCUGCGGUUCCUGUAAAAAAAAAAAAAAGCAAUCUUUGAGCAUGCCUGGAAAGUUGCGAUCCUUGGGCGAGAAGUAUAAAGUACUUUAGAUGAGAUGCCAUUGAGUUUCCUCAGUAAAAUAUAUUGCAAAAUGCUAUGUUACCUUUAGAGGAGCCCCAGUAGCAUUGACUGUCAUUCAUUUGGCCUAAUAUGGCUAUGGUAAGCAGAAACUGUCACGUUCACUACUCUGUAUGGCCCUUAUUUAUAGCCAUUUUGAAUAGAGAGGCUGAAUAUGCUGCUUGAUCAAAUAAUCGUCGUUACCUUGAACCAGUCUGUUGUUGAGGCAUCUGCUCCAUUUUGUUCAAUACUUACGUUUUCUUGCUACUGCCAUAUUAUCAUUUCUAAAACAUCUGUAUUACAGGAUGUAUAGAAAAAGCUUUUAGGCAUCAUAACUGUGAGUGAAUUAGCCUGAGUUGGGGACCCCUCAUUUAGUUCUUCCGAUGGUGUUUCUUCAGCUAGUUUCAUCUCCAGCAUGUUACUAAAUAUACCAAAAUGAAGGUGGUUCUUUGCUCCUAAAAAGAUCAGAACUGAAUAGCCUUGUACUGACUCUGUGAUUUUUGUUCUUGGCUUGAAAGCAGAUCGAUGAAAUAUGAUGUAGUCCUUGCAGCGUCACUUUGUAACUUCCAUUUAGGGAUUAGCCUUUUUGAAUAAAUUGGACAAUCUUCCCAGAAUGAGGAGGAGGUGAAUCUCUGGCCAAGGGUAAUGUUGCUGCAGCUGCUUUAAAUUCUGACAUAGCCUGAUCAAUGUUUGCAUUUCAAGGUUACUUUUGAAUUAAGUUCGGUAUUUAAAUAGGGGAGAUAGCUGAUGUCUUUUCCGUUAACUUCACUACAGUGAUACAAAUUCCUGUUCUAAAUAGUAUCUAGUGGUUUAAUACAAUUACUUAGAUGUGUUAUGAGAGUUUCUUUUUGGUGUGGAGCUAAGUUUAAAAGGAGACAAAGGAGUAUCAAUUUAGUCUGACAGUUCAAAUGGUACCUGAAAAUAAGCGUCUGGCAGAUUUUAUGUGCAGCUAGGUCCUAUUAAUAUUCCCUCAGUAGCAAGUCCCACUGAGUUCAGUGUACAAAGCUUGAAUAGGAGUGCAGACUUCAUAUGUAUUAUGGGCUGUAAGGAGGCUGGUGAAUAUAUUGCGUGCAACUACAAUGUGGAAAUACGUAAGGGUGCACAAAGAACGUACCAUUCCUCGUGCCAGAAGUGCUUAUUCACUCAGAGGGGAAAAAGCAAAACUGACCAAACUGGGAGCAAAUUUUAAUCUGAAUUUUAAUGUAUAUGAUUCUUAGAAAAUUGGGUUUUUUUCCCAUUUCAGUAUUUAAAUAACUCAGGUGUUGUAAGAAAACUUGUUGAACAAAGAAUAUAAAUUAUGUCAUGUGAUUUGUUCUUUGUAAAAAUAAACUUACCUUCUGUAAUGACAA